UCGCAUUUGCAUCAAAGAAUCUUCUCUGUAGUAAAUUCUAGCUGACUUUACUUCUGAGAAAUAUCUACCGCACACGAGUAAACGAAGUGAAACAAAGAAGGAGAGUGAGAGAGUUAGAAGUAGUGUAAAACGAAAACGCCACAAAUGUUGGGGUCGCGUUUGCGCCGCGAGUGUUAAAUCACCGAUAAUGUCAAUACUCGAUAGGUAGAAUUUUUCAAAAAGAUAUGCGAUGCCUUAAAAACCUUGACAAUUCAAAGCAGAUGACGUGAGUGGUGAGCGAGAAAGGAGCUAGUGUCGUAAAAAACUGAAAACCAGAAAGUUGGUGUAGUGUUGUUUGUGGAUUAUGAAAAAGUCGAGUAAGUAUCGAACGGGUGUGGGUAACAUUUCGUCAGUGUGCCUGUCCGAGGUAAAAUCGGACAGAGCCGAGCCUCAAGACAAUCUUGGUAAUUUUUACAUGAAGGAGCAAGAUAUACCAGAAUAUCUUGAAGGCUGUGGCCUUACAACGUGUUCCACCGUUAACGAGAUGCCUGAAGCAGUGGAGGUGCUUGCCAAAGAGCAUUCUAAGGAGAAAAAAUUAUCAACAACAUCAAUUGCUACUGGUGGUGAUACGAAAAAAACAGUUACUGUUAAGCAUCCAGAGUCAAAUAAGCCAAAACCAACAGCUAAAAAGGGUAAACCCAUUCAAGCUGAUCUUGAUGUUGCUAAAGAAUUUAUUCGUUGUAGAGAUGAAUGUCUUGCUCGUCUUGAUCUUAGUAAAUCAAGUAUUACAAAUCUUCCAAACUCUGUAAGAGAUUUAUCACACUUGGAAGAAUUUUAUCUGUAUGGUAAUAAACUUGUUACACUUCCACCCGAAAUAGGAUGCUUGACAAAUUUAAGGACUUUGGCAUUGAGUGAAAAUUCACUCACAAGUUUACCAGAUUCUUUAGAAAACCUCAAGUGUCUCAAAGUUCUUGAUUUAAGGCACAAUAAGCUCAAUGAAAUACCAGACGUUGUAUACAAACUUACUUCACUUACGACGCUCUUUUUACGUUUUAACAGAGUUCGUUUUGUGAGUGAUAACAUCAGAAAUUUAACUAAUCUAACGAUGUUGAGUUUAAGAGAAAAUAAAAUAAAAUCAUUGCCCGCUGGAAUUGGUAAAUUGGUCAACUUAAUAACUUUUGAUGUAUCUCACAAUCAUCUGGAGCAUUUGCCUGAAGAAAUCGGAAACUGUAUCCAACUAUCAACUCUUGAUUUGCAGCACAAUGAACUCUUGGAUAUUCCUGAAAGCAUCGGAAACCUGGUCGCUGUUACAAGAUUAGGAUUAAGAUAUAAUCGUCUUUCGAGUAUCCCCAAGUCUCUCGCGAAUUGUCGAUUGAUGGAUGAGUUCAGUGUGGAGGGAAACCAAGUGUCACAGCUGCCUGAUGGUCUUCUCUCUAGCCUUUCAGAUCUCACGACUAUUACUUUAUCAAGAAAUUGCUUCACUGCUUAUCCCUCGGGUGGUCCGUCCCAAUUCACCAAUGUUGAUUCUCUUAAUAUGGAACAUAACCAAAUUGACAAAAUUCCAUAUGGAAUUUUUUCACGUGCAAAAAAUCUAACGAAACUAAAUAUGAAAGAGAAUCAAUUGACAGCAUUACCACUAGAUAUUGGUACUUGGGUGAACAUGGUAGAGCUAAAUCUUGGUACAAAUCAAUUGACUAAAGUGCCAGACGAUAUUCAGUGCCUACAAAAUCUCGAAAUUCUCAUUUUAUCAAAUAACCUGUUGAAAAGAGUCCCACAAACUAUUGGCAAUUUACGAAAACUUCGAGUUUUAGACCUUGAAGAAAAUAAAAUCGAAACUUUGCCAAAUGAAGUAGGCUUUCUCCGAGAUUUACAAAAGCUUAUUCUUCAGUCGAAUCAAGUUACAUCAUUGCCCCGUGCAAUUGGACAUCUUGUAAAUUUAACGUAUUUAAAUGUCGGAGAAAACAAUUUAAAUUAUUUACCAGAAGAAAUUGGUACCUUAGAAAAUCUAGAUUCUCUUUAUGUUAAUGAUAAUGCAAACCUGCAUAAUUUGCCAUUCGAAUUGGCUCUUUGCACAAAUCUCAGUAUUUUGUCAAUAGAAAAUUGUCCUUUGUCCAAAAUUCCUGCUGAGAUUGUUGUCGGUGGUCCGUCCUUCGUAAUCCAAUUUCUCAAGAUGCAAGGACCCUACAGGUCAAUGUAAUAAAGCGAGGCCUUCGAGGAACGCGAGACAUGUUCGUGUAAUUGUAUCACCAGGAGAUGUGCUACGAUGUGUCAUUAUUUGUGGUUUUUCAUUGUUAGAAGAAAAAAAAGAAGCAGUAAGUUUGGGGUAUCAAGUGUGGAAUUGUAGGAGCUUCCUCGAAGCCAGAUAACAGAUGAUAGUGAUAAAAAAAAUAAAACUAUUGUCAACCUAUUUAUCAGUAUCAACUGAGUCCUCCAUCUCGCGUGUGUCGAAUUUUUUUAAAAUAAUACUUUUCCCAUGGUGCCAAGUACAUGAUAAUCAUUCUGCAGAACGAAAAUUUGAUGAAAAUAAAUAAACAAAAUAAAAAUUAUUACAAUUACUCUAUCGAGUCAUCAGCAUCGUUCUGCGUAAAACGCAGUAGUUUAAAACAUGACAUCAUCAUCAUCAUCAUCAUCAUCAUCAUCAUCAUUUCUCUCUCUCUCUCUCUCUCUUUCUCUUACACUCUUUCUUUUUUUCUUUUUCCUCCAACAAUUGUUGGUUAAAUUUAAUAAUCUGAAAGAUACGUAAACCCUUAUUGAACUCUUUUUUAUUGUUAUCUUUUAGAAUGUUAUUUUUAAGGCUGUUAUUUAAUUAUUUGUAAAGAAAUAAUCACUUUUUUAAAGAAAAUAA